AGAGCUGCAGAGGAAGAGUGUGUGGGAGACUGAGCAAAGGAUGGAUAGAUAGAUAGAUAGAUAGAUAGAUAGAUAGAUAGAUAGAUAGAUAGAUAGAUAGAUAGAUAGAUAGAUAGAUAGAUAGAUAGAUAGAUAGAUAGAUAGAUAGAUAGAUAGAUAGAUAGAUAGAUAGAUAGAUAGAUAGAUAGAUAGAUGUAAAUUGGAUCAGAAAAUAGAAAUGUGGGUGAAUAAAGGGUAAGGAAGGGAGACAGAGAAAGAACAGAUGGAGAUGGAAAGAGGGAAUUUUGUGGAUCUGGAGCCUUUAAAGCCCUUAAAGCUUCAAAUAGGAGGCAGAGAGAAGGAGAGGAAGAGAGGAGCGAUGGAGGGAGGCUGAAGGGAGGUAAAUAAAAACUGGAAGGGAGAGCAGGAGGAGGAGGGUUUGCGUCGGUGUGUUGGUUGGCAGAGAGCGCUUGUCAAAAAAAGAGAAAGAAAAAAGCUUCCUCUGACAGAAGGCAUGAUUCACAGCAGAGAGGGAGGGAGAGGAGCGCCAGAAAAACAGAGCGACGGCGGAGGAAGAGGAGCAAGAGGAGGAAGACGAAGAGGAUGCAGCAGAGGAGCAGAAGAUGCUGAAGACGAGAGCAGAGAGCCGGAUUCACAGACGGCUUCAGCGGCCGAGACGACGAUGACGACGGCGACGGCAACGGCAAGGCGAUCGUGAUUCUACUGCUUCUGAGCGACUUCAUCCAACUUUCCUCCUCUCAGAUUCUGAUGUCAUCAGAGGGAAUCAUCCGUCAUUCCAGCUCCCGCUCCGGGAUCCAAGCAGCUUCCAUUGGAAACUAUGUCAUCAGGCUUAAUCCAACUUCACCCACACACACACACACACACGCACGCACGCCCACACACACAGCUCUGUCAGUGUGUGAACGCGGCUGUAGGUGUUCCUCUAACUUCCUCAAAGUUCCCCACAGGAAUCAGCAGGACGUCUAAAUUUAGCGCUGCUGUCCAGAGACACGAAUGUUGCGAUGCGAUGUUUAGUUGUUCAGCUGCUGGGAUUAUGGAGCUUUAGUCAUUUGGUAGAUGUACAGUUUAUUUCAGAAGCGCAACUUCACAGCUAAUAUCAUCUGAAGGAAAAUCAUCUCAGUUCAAUCAGGUUCUGAUUGGUUCCAGUUAAUCAGUUCAGAAAGAUCAAUUAGUUCAGCACCACUCCUCUGACCAGCAGGAGGCGCUGGCAUCAUGUCGUUGACUUUAUAGCAAUCCCCCAUGCUGAGCAUGCACGUGGCGACAGUGGAGAGGAAAAACUCCCUGUUAACAGAACCAGAGCCAGAACCGGGCUGAGUACCAGCAGCCACGACCCACUGCAGGUCAGAAAUGACAAAGCAGAAGAAGAACCUGAUGAAGUUGGAUUAUUUCUGAUGUUCAUGACAGUAAAACAUUAACAGCAGAAGCAUCAGGUGGUGGCAGCAUCAUGGCAGCCGACACCUCAGGAAGGAACCAGCUAAUCAGAACGCAGACCAGCUUCUGAACGUCAGAACAAACAAAACCUGCAGCCUGGUACCAAAUGGUUCUGGUUGGAACCUCUGGACCAAUCGGGUCUCUGAUGGAUCUGGAAAUUGAGGUUUUCUAUGUGAAAUUAUAUUCUGGAUUAUCAGCGUGCUGUGAAUCUAAACAGCAGAACCGGAUCUGGUUCUGUUUCCUAUCAGAACUCUGCUGCAGCGUUUUGGAUCAGAUGAAGGAUUUUAACUUCCUGAUAGUGAAGAGUUCAGCCUGAAGGAACAGAUUCAUGGAUUAGAUUAUGGAUUAUCAUCUUGUUUAUAAUUUAGGCAAUAUCCCAGAGAUUAAAGGGCGAACUUGUAGAACAAGCUGGGAUAAAAUGACAUUUCCUGGUUAAAAUAACUCAGAGGGUCUUUACUUUGUUACUGGAGGAUAAUUUAAUCCCAGUUCAGAACUAAACCAAGGAGCCAACCUCCUAUGGAUAAUGAUCUUUUUAGACUCAAUGAGGAAGUAACACUAUGAACAUCAGUUAGAGAAGGACUAAAGAUUAAAUUACUCCCUGAGAUUCAGAGGAAACAAAACAUGCAGGAGAUUCCUUGAAGGUUUUUAAAGCUUUGUCUGAUAAAAAUCUGAUAAUGACAUUUUCUCUCAAGCUUGGAAUGCUCAGUGAAAAUGAAAUGAAAGGUUAAUAAAACUGGCCAGACAGCAGGGUUAUGGGGAACUUCUGCUAUUUCUUCAUGCCAAAUGUCAGCACGUCUAAAGUGAAUUCUCCAAAUGAAGCCAAUCGAGUCAAAGCUAGCUUCAAAAGCUACAUUUAAUCUAUCACCCUCAGAGUCAACAUGCAUGUGAAAAUCCCCCAGAAUAAUGAUUUGAUCAGUAUUUACCACCCAAUCAAAUAAAUCUGAGAUCUGAUCUAAAAACUGAGUGAGGCUUGGUUAGUUUGGGAUCUCUUUCCAUCAAGUCAACUCCUUCCCCUGAGGGAGACGUUAAUCAUCAAACAGCAGCAGAAUGAGAGGAGCAGGUCUGACUGGAUCCCAUCCUUCGUCGUUUCUUCUCCCUCUUUCUGUGGCUCUGAGGCUGACAGACCAAAGUUUUGCUGGAAAGACAUUUAACUGGCUCUAAUCAGGCAAACGGAACAAUACAGAAACAGAAUAAAUACAAAUUCUGUCACAAUGUGAGUAAAGUGGAAGAGAAGAUGAGCUUUCCAGUGGAAAUGAAAAACUGUUUUCAACCUUUUGGAAUCUGAUUGGAAUAUUUCUCAAUGUAGGAUUGUGUUUGGACUUCAGGUCGUUUGUAGUGUCCUCAUGUCCUGGAGCCUUUGACAGAAGGAUGUCUCCAAACUUAGAGUCUCUUGACUUCUCAUGAAAACAACAGGAAUAUUUCUUAGUUCUUCACUGGAGAACAAGAAGGAUUUUCUAAAAGGGGCUUUCAUUCCUGCUUUUAUGGUCUUUCUAGAGAUUGAAGCUGCACAUCCUGGACAGUCAGUAGUGGUUUGAAAGGCAGUUCUACUCUUAUUUUGUUAAUUAAAGACUUCACAAUUCACUCUUCAAGCUUUAGACGUGCCUCCCACCAACCCCCUGUACCAAUCAUGGGCAAGCCUCUCAGCCGCCCUGGGUGUUUCAGGAAGAGCUCCUGCUGCCUGGAGAAACAUGGACUUGGGGAUGGGGGAGUGGGAGGGCGGGACGUUGGGAUGGAAGGGGGUUAUGGCGACGGCUACAUCCCUCAGCGAUCCAUUUAUGACACCAUGUGCAUCAAUCAGCAGAUUGACAGCCAUCACCACCACUCCGGGGGGUCGGUGAGGCGGGACGGAGGGGGAGACGGGAGCUUCAGCUACUCCACCAGCGGCUCCCUGAGAGUCAGCAGGUCAGACAUGUUUGAUCCACAGCCACGCUCCUUAACUCCAAACCCUUCCUUUGUUCGCCGCCUGGAUGAGCGAGCCAUCUACGAUUCCCUCAAGUUGGGAGCGGAGGACAUAGACGGAUGCCACUCUCCGGGACAUUUCAAUCGAUCCGUCUCUCCCUCUGUGUCCUCCUUUUCUGCUCCAGGAGUGUCUUCCUCAUCAAAGAAGCACCACCCUCACCACCACCCUCACUAUGGAGACAGCACAAAGAGCAGAGAGAGCCGGCAUUCCUGGAAAGCAAUGUCAUCUUCUAAACCCUUGGAGUGUGUGGAGAUUCCUCCAGUGGAGUUGAUACAGCGUGGGGGAGGCAGCUACCUGAAUCCAGGCCACUACCAGGGACAGGGGCAGUCCUCCUCUCUAACCUCCCCUCUCAUCUCACCCUUCUCCGGAUCGCCUCUCUCCUCAGGAUACCACACUCCAGUGUUCUUCUCCCCAGCCAAACCUCGUCCCAGUCAGAGCCAGAGCCUGCGCUGUUCUCCUCCCCAUGUGAUGCAGCCCAGGCAUUACUCCCAAACCCAGAGCCUGAGGCUGUCCCCACCCCAGGAGCUCAGAAGGUCCCCCUACAGGACUGCACUGGUCCAACUGUCUGCCCAUGACCUGGAGCAAGACCUGGGUGAGCGAGGUGGUGGAUGGGGCCGCAGCGAGCGCGACAGGGACUGGGAGAGGGAGCGGGAGCGAGAGAUGGAGCGAGGUUGGGCCCAGCGCGAGUGGGAGAGAGAGAGGGAGAGGGGCAGGCUGGAGAGGGAGAGAGCCCGAGAGAGGGAGAGAAGGGAGACAUCCACUUUCGGGACAUUUGGUUAUGGCCGACCAGGUCCUCUACGCUCUGACAGAGACUCUGUGUUUAUAGAGUCUGAACACGGCUUGGACACAACUCCUCUGCUGCUCCCCCAGCCUUCCCCCUCCCCCUCCCCUAGUGGCGCUCCCAGGAUGGGUACUGGAGCAGUGGGCAGGAGCCGAGCUGGGUCAAAGGUCGGCCCGGAAGGGGUUGGUGGAGGAAUGCCGCCUAGGUGUGACAGUGGGAGUGUUAGUUUAGUGUUGGUGGACGGUAAAUCUGGCUGUGGGCCCAGAUUAGUCAGCGAAGUCUUAAUGGGAAACAUGUCUGAGGUGGAAAUGAGAGCGUUAAAUCAGGAGCACCAUCGAGCCGAAAGCUGGAACAAAUAUGACGACGGGUCCAGAUCCAGUGUGAAGAACCUACCUGAAAAGAGGAUGGGCUCUCAGGUGAAAACUCGACCAGGAGGUCGGGAUUUGGAGGGAAAAGUGCAGUCAGGGACAGAGAAUAAGGAGGGACAGAGAGGGACCUCCACCAAAACUGGUGGAGCUACAAGUAGACAAGAGUGUUUACCUGAACACUCAGGCAUGAAUGUCGCUGAGAAGAUUGUUGGUCCUGCAGACAAAGUUCAGGUUGAAGCGGCUCCUGUUCCUGAAACCAAGCCAGAGUUUGAUUCUGGGGGUAUAGGACACUUCCAACAGGCAGAGAACAAAGUUGGAACAGAGGUUGAACCUGAAUCACAGUCUAAUGUUGAUUUGACAUCUGAAUCCAGUGUAAAAGCUAAAGCUGAUGCUAAGAUUGCUCUUGUUUCUAAGCCCGAAGCAGAAACUAGGGUCAGUCAUGGUGAAGUAAAAGAGAGUGAAACUGCCAAUCAAGCUGAAAGUACAGGUGAACUUCAGGUAAGGUCCGUGGCAGCAGAUAAACCUGAAGCUGCUUCUGCAGAACAAGUAGAGCGAAAGCCUGAGGAUUCUGGUAAACCCAAGUCACGUCAUUCUGGGAAAAGCUCAAGAUCCAAGUCCAAAUCAUCCAAGUCCUGCUCCAGGUCUCGACCAGGCACAGCCACUGGGCUGCGUCCGGGAGUACUGAGCCCCCGAGAAAGCAAACAGCUGGAAGACUUUGAAUCAGCUGGACCACCUGAGGACAUCGAGUCCACCUGGCCUCGCAGAAUCAUAGUCCGAAAGAGGACUGUCCGCCAGGGAGGGGCCCUCCACAAUCUUCCUAUCCUCCCCCCACUCCCUUCUGUCUUGUCAGCCCUGGAGAAGAGGCAUCCACACCUACGGCAUGGUUCAGAGAAUCCAUUAUCAAAUCUGACAAACCCUAUUGUAGGGCGAUGCUCACUGAGGGAAGCUGCUCACCCAGAGCCCGGACAGGGGAGCGGUUUGGUAGGCCGAGCAUCCCUCAGGGAGCAGAACUUGGAGCACUGGAGAGUCUGCAGAGAGCAAGAGGAACCCAGGAGGUCUAGAAGUCGGGAGAAACAAGGGGGAGAGAGUAGGGACAAGGCAGAGAAAGAGGAAAAGAAAGGAAAGGAAGAGAAGAGAGAAGAAACCCUGAAGAAUGAGAAUAUAGUUGUAGAGGAAACCAAACAAGAUAAAGCAAAGAUAAACAUGGAAGAAAAUCUCCAAACAGAUGUUGCUAAAAACAAGGAAGAGGAAAAAAAGAUGGAUCUUGAAGUAAAGCCUGAACAAGUGGAGGAUCGAGGGAUAAAAAUUAAAGUUGGUCCAAAAGAGGAGGUAGUAGCAAAACUACACACAGAGAAACUGGAGGUGGAUGGCCAACAAGGAGUAACUCUUGGAGAGGAAGGAGGGGAGGAGGGUUGGGAUGCGGUUCUUGACAUGGUUAACACUCUUUGGGAUAAUGACUGGGAAAAAGGGGAAGCAGGUGGAGAAGAAGUAGGAGAUCCAGAUUCCCCUUUAGGCUCCCUGCAGCGAUGGCCUCUCCUCAGGCCACCCAUCGGCUUUGGGGGCUCUCAUCCUCCCUCCUCAGCAGCCUCAGAGCUCAGCCUGACAGAGUUGGAGAGGAGGGCCCGGGAGUUGGACUCAGACCUGGAACACCUGGAUCUGUCGCAGCCCCAAAGGGAUGUGUACCAAUCACUGCUGGAACCAGGAAAGGAACGAGGAGACAUGUACCAAACACAUCCCGGGCCACAAAGAGACAAAGCUGCCCUUCACACAGGCGUUAGCAGCAGAUCCCAGGUCAGUCUGGAGCUGAAUGCGAUGACGCCAACCGACACCGACAGGUCAACUAGUGACUGGUCAACUAAAUCUGCCAGCACCACCACUGCUGGACCAAGCUCCUAUAAGGAGGACAGCUCUCCGGACUCCAACCUGACGCUGGAGUCUGACUCCAGUGGCGUCUUUCUCUCCUUAUCCAAUCAGAGCCAGGAGGAUGGCGGCUCUGAUAGCGACCAGCCAAUCAGCGACUCUGAACUGGGCAGCAGCAACACUUCGCUAGAGAAAGAUAUGGAUGAUGGAGGCUUGAAGGAGUGGGGAAGGGAGGAGAGCUCCGAGCUUCAGUGGUGCUACCCUUCACUGCUCAACACACCGUCCUACGAAGACGUGGACGGACACGGUGGCGGUGACGACUCAGGGUGCGGAGACGCCGGCGUGGAUCAGGACGACCCUCCAGCAGAGCAACCUGACAUAAAGGCCUCGUUCACUGCCCCCCAGAGGCAGGAAGCGCCGCCUAGGAAGAAAGUAACCGUGAUGGGGAUGGAUCCGCCCCUUCCCCUUUCUCCUUCCAAGCAACAAAUCAAACACCUUCUAGAUCCGUACCAGAAGCCGCUGAGAAGCUCAGGCCUGGACUGCGGGGAUGUGGAUCCCUUCGUCCAAUCAGACAGCUUCGUCUACCUCGCCGUGUCUGCAAGACCUCCGCCCAAAGGUGAAGCCGCCAGACUUAAAGAGAUUUCUACCCAUGAUGCAAAGCAGCACACCAUCCAGAAACAAGCAGGAAGCACCGAAGCUGAGCGACCCACCACAGACCCCAAGAUGGCCGCCAUUGCUCCUCAGAAACCAGAGGAGGGAGACUUCCUCUGCACCGACAGCUUCGUCUACCUGGCUGCUCCGGCAUGCCUCCUGCUGGGCCCCGCUGGAACUGCACCGUACGGUGGCAAGGACUCGGAUUCUGAGAGUUCUGGUUCUGGUCCAGUUGAUGUCUCGGUUCUGGGAUGCGGCUCAGUGGCCGGGGACAGCGACUGGGACUCGGACCUGUCUGACUCCGAUCCCAGUCGCUCCUCCAGGUCUGCCGGCCGGUCCCGGAGAGCCCCCGCCGGGUCAGACUGGGACGUGUUCGGAGAAGCGGCCGAGCCUGAGGUUCUGGGAGAGCUGUUCACAGAGCCGGACAGACACGGCUGUGGGAGGUCCGGGAAACUCCCCGGCAGCCCUGCAGAGACAGAAACUCGGCCCGAGUCUCCAACAGCGAAGACAGAGACGUCUUCAGAGCAGCAGUCCACCAAGAAGGUGACCUGGCAGUUCAAACCAGCCCAGAGGUCCGUCUGCACCGGAAGCAGGAAGGAGAAGGACCCGCUACAACUCCCAGAAACCGGAGGAGGGGACAGACACCGACUCUCCCCUUCCUCCUCAUCGUCUUCGUCUCCAUCCUCAUCGUCGUCAGGGUGAUUCCUGACAGGUAGAAAGUACCGGCUGAUCUUGUUGCUGUUGCUGCGGUUGCCUUCUCCAGCCUUGUACAAGCUGCAUUAGAGUUGUUGCUUUUCCUUAGACUAGCCCACAGAUUCUCAUGUAUAGAUAGUGGACUCGGUUCUGGCCCGGUUCUGGGACAACAGGGUGAGAACAUUUAUCUUAAUUUCUUUUCUUAAAGGUUGUUUGGACUCAGUUCUGGUGAAUGAAUGGAAACCCAAACAACUUCCGGGGCGAUACCGAUCCUCUUUACUCUGCUUCUCAUGUUGACUGUGUCUUUUAUAAUCAUAUUCCACUUUACAGUAUUUAAUAGUGUUUCAAUAAUAUAUUUUGAUCUUUGAGAUAUAGAUAAAUAUACGUAUAUAUAGCUGUAAUGAUUGUGCGCAGAGGAUGUUUCUUCUUCUUCUAGACUCAGAUAAUGAAUGUUGUCAUGGAGCAAACCGCUUUCUGCUGUUUAUCUGCGGCCAUAUUUAGCAGAAUGCAGCCGGAUUCUGAUAGAAACGGUUCUGGAUGUGGCUCAGUCCGGUCCAUUUUCAUGUUUUCACAGCUUUUGUUACAUAAGCCUUCUGCAAGUUAGGCAUUAUAUCAAUAAUAAUACAGAGUUAAACUCAUCUGCUUCUGUCAUGGUUCACAUUAGUCCAGACCCGGUUCCGAAUGCAUCCAGCUUUUCUCUGAUCCACAGAGGCUCACAUAUAUACAUACACCCAGCCAAACCUUUCAGAUGCAGUGCUGGAGGCUCAAAGUUCAUGAGUGAGAGCGGCUGGUCGCUAGGCUAACCCUAGCCUGCAGCAAACAAGAUUGGUUCUUAAACAUGGUCAGAACUGAGCAGAACCAGAGAAAGUCCGUUCAUUUCUAGAUUCCAGCAUCACCAGUUCAACGGGUAGAUGUGUCACCUCAUCCGGCCCCUCUGAUCGAAGGUCUAACUGGGAGUCCCUGCAGUGCUGAACUGGACCAGCAGAGUGGACUGGAUGUCCAGCAGGACAUGUUGGUUCCAGCAGAACCAACAUGUCCUGCUGGAGAUGUUGGUUCUCCAGCAGGACAAUGGGUCCAAACUGGUUCUAUGGGAGAAAUCAGGAAGCUUCUGGGAUGACCUGGAGGUGGUUCUGUUUCCUUCUGCUGACACUUUGGGUCAGACGGCUGAGGUCAAAGCUUUGGGACUCGUAUUCCAAAGAAGAAACUGAUGAACCACAGAAACUGCUGGGUCAAUGGUUGCCAUGGUGAUACCUGCCAGCCAGUCUUAAACAGCGAGAAUCAGAACCUUCCGUGGUCCAAACAUGAACAAACAGGUUCAGUUUCUACAGAACCAAUUAGUGGGCGUGUCUUUGCUCUCUGGGUUCUGAUUGGACAGAAAUCAGGAAGUCCUCUAGCAGUGAAAAUGAAACAGAAACAUGACUUAUGAAGGUUCUGGUGGUGUUGCCUGGUGAGUUGCUGCUCAGGGUGAGAUUAGCAUAGUUCCUGUUUCGACAGCAAAUGGAAACAAAAGUCUCAAUUUUCUCUGACUGAAUGUAAAAAGCUUGAACAGAAAAAGAGACUAAUGGCGUUUUAUUUGGAGCAGCGAAGUCGGGUAUCAGUGUCUGGUGAUUCAUCCAGGUAGCAGUCCAGAGACUUAAUAAAUCGUCACGCUGUGAAGGGUUUAAAAGCUGCUUAAUGAUGUAAGGGCUGCUCCAGUUCUGACCAGCAUUCUUCCUCCAGUACUCCAUUCUCCCCAACAACCGCCAUGAGUGAGCCAGGCAGUGAUUGUGCAAGUCCCACUUUCUCCACAUAAUGAGCGCAUGUUUGGUUCAUGAAGCUUUAGCUGCAGCUUGUCGCUCUGCCAAUGCGCCUCCAGUCCGUUGCCGAUUAGUUUCCUCUCAACAAUAAGAAGCGUGGCUCCAAAGAGUCACUGAAGGCUAAUGCUGCUCCAGUUCAUGUGCGGGUUGAAAGAGAAGCUGAAACAGUCUGACAGCAGUGGCUGUCAGUGAUUCUCUUCUUCAUUUAGCUCACACACAGAGAAAUAGCAAGCUGCAGACGCAGCUAAUGAUCAUGGAACAACAUGAUCAUGUUGGUCGUCAGCAACUGGAGAAAGCAGUUGCUGAUCACCCCUAACCUUCACCCUAUUGAACACGAUCUGCAGACUUCAGAUGUUUUGUGCUGAUAGAUGACUCACAUGAUGACAAAACUUCAUGCUAACAAACAACACCUGGCCUUAGCCAUUGAGUCGCUGCUCCAGCCAUCGGGGCGUGUGGCUCAGCUGGUGCUGUGUCCUCUUCCUUCAGCUUUAGCUUCAUUCCUUCUCCUUAAAUCCAGGCUUCCAGUCAUCUGUCCUCCCUUUCUGUUUAAUACUGCAGCGCUCCUCACCUUCACUGCAGAGCAGAUCUUUGCAGUGAAGGAGGUUAAAUAUUAGCUGCAAAUUCAAUCAAAGACCCCCAUCAUCAAGAAAACUAUGCGACUACUGAACCAGACAGUGCUGCGUUAGCUUCCAUACAUGGUGUUCAAAUUAAUCAUCUGCUUUCAUUUAUUUAUAUGUUUUACUUGCCAGCUCUGAAAUAUGACGAUGUUUGUUCUGUAAAGUUGUGCCUGUUUGCAUUUAAUCGACAGUACGGGAUGUUUUAGAGCUGCCAGUAAACUACAGAUGCACCAUGCAGCCUGUGGGAUGUAUGGAAAGCCAUGUGGCUCACAAUUCAUCCACUUGUCAACAGCUGGUGGAGUCUGCUAGAGGCGGAUAAACAUCCUUUAGUUGUGUGGAAGUGGAACUGCUGGGAGUAAGUGCAACAAAAACUGGAAUUUCCAGAAAACUCCGGUUCUUGUUGUGGGUCGGAUAAAGCUGCUUCAGGACGCUAAUUAAAGCUCUCUGCCAAUGAUUUUAGCUUCUUAAUGUCCAAAAAGAAAGAAAAAAAAGCAUUCUUCAUUAAUUUCUAUUUGCUGACCCUGGGCUUCACGCUGCAUGGCACAUAUACUGUUAUACCACAGAAGAAGAGUUUCACGUUUAAAGCAGCUGAGAUGCCAGUACACAGCAGUUCAGCUGUUUCUCAUUUGAUCAGUAAAAUUAGUCCAAAUAGGUCUGAUUUUUACCCAAAAGUCUUGUUAUUAUGCCAAAGUGCAGUCCUGGAUGUCACUGAUCAAUAAUCCGCUGCAACUAAUCCCAACUAUAAACUUGAAAGUCUUGGAUUUCCUAAAAUCCAAACUGUUAUUUAUGAAUCAGGACUAAAUGUUUUAAAAGUUCCUGUAUAGAACCCUUCAUGUAGAACCCACCUUGUAGAUCCUCUACAAGGUCUCAGACAUUUGGGAAUCAGCGGGCGAUUUGAUAACUUGCUUUUAAUUUCUUCAUGUAAUCUGUAUGAACCUUAGAGCGCUCCAGUCAGAUGAGCGGAUGAAUCAAUAAACUGUGGUAAGACAUCUAGUUUCACUGUGACAGACUUUGGACAAACGGCCAAUCACAUUCUACUGAAUGUUUUUGUACAAUUUUGCUGAUCACUGUUGAAGCUUUGUGGUGAUGAACAGUCCAGACCCUGGAUGCAUUUUCAAGGGGACACAAAUAAGAAUUAUGUGAAAAUCGUUUUUUUCUGUGUGCCAUUUUUCCACAAUUAGUUGGAACGCAUUAAUGUUCAAAUAAAGAAUGAACUUUCUUCUG